AUGGAACUGUCUGCACAGGAUGGAUCAAACCCUGUCGCAGGAUGGUGCUCACAACAGACAACGCGUUUGGCUGCGUCGCGACAUAGUUCCGCUAACUCCUCGGGGGCUACAAAUGCCUCAGAAUCAUCGGUGAACCCCGCUCUGGACGCUCGCUCGGCAACCGUCAACUUUCCGGACCCGUUGCCCUCACCAGAGGUACCUACUGUGUUCACUGUUGAGAGCAAGUCACAGUCUUCGACAGAAUCUAACACCGCUUGA